UACGGGUCCUCCCUCGAGUCCCUCACAUGACCCAGAGCUGUGGAGAGCGAGCGGACCGCGCCGUGCGUGAAACAGCCUGAGGAGACACGACCGCUUCGAUACGAGCCCACCAUGUGCCUCCUAACUUUACUCGGCGUCUUUUUGACUCUCAUGGGCUCAAUCAGUGCCCAAAUACCAUGGACACAAGAAAAGCUGUACCACAAAGCCAGUACUCUGAGCUCCAGUGAUCUGCUCAGUGUUUUGGCCCACACAAACAUUGGCCGCAUGUGGGAGAAGGACCUGAAGCCCAUGCUGGUGGUGCGUUACCCAGGUUCUGCAGGAAGCCAGGCAGUGCAGCAGCAAAUUAAAUCUACUCUGGGCUCACUGAAAGCAGGCUGGAAGGUGACUGAGGAUCACUUCCAAGGGCACACGCCAUAUGGCCAGAUGCCUUUCACUAACAUUAUUGCCACUCUCAACCCUGCUGCCAAGCGGCGGCUGGUGCUGGCCUGCCACUACGACUCCAAGUACUACCCUCCUCAGUGGCAUGGGAGGCAGUUCGUGGGGGCCACUGACUCAGCCGUGCCCUGCUCCAUGUUGCUGGAGCUGGCCAGAGCUCUGGAUUCAGAGCUGAAAACUCUAAAGGACUCAGGGUCAGACCUGUCUCUGCAGCUGUUGUUCUUUGACGGAGAGGAGGCUCUGUUUCAGUGGACCUCCACUGACUCUCUGUACGGCUCCCGCCACCUGGCCCACAAAAUGGAGAGCACUCCACACCCCCAGGGAGCUACAGACACCAACCAGCUACACGGCAUUGAUCUUUUUGUUCUACUGGACUUGAUCGGUGGUCCCAUGCCUCGUUUUGGUAACCAGUUCUCAAAUACUGCCAGGUGGCUUUCUAGACUACAAAAUAUUGAGCGGCGUCUGCAUGCCCUGGGGCAGCUGAAGGAUCAUCCUAAUGAGGUUCAGUACUUCUGGCCUGGUCUGCCUGUGGGUCCAGUUCAAGAUGACCACAUGCCCUUCCUUAGCAGAGGGGUCCAGGUCCUCCAUCUUAUCCCCACCCCAUUCCCCUCUGUGUGGCAUACCUUUGAUGACAAUGAGGAAAAUCUAGACCGUGCCACAAUCGAGAACCUCAACAAGAUCCUGCAAGUGUUUGUGCUGGAGUAUCUGAACAUGAAAAGCCAGAAUCCACUUACACAGGUCCCUUAAUCUUCCACUGCCAUCUUCCUGGUACACUAACAUCAGGAAGUCCAACUGUGAGGUCCUCUAACCAAAAACACCAAAAGACUUUGGGCUCCAAACACCUUGGUAUUAGAAUAGGCAUCUCCAGUGAGUCUGUGUAUUUUAUGUGUGUUGCAUUAAAAGGUCAUUGUGUUGUACCAGAGGACCAAAUAUGAUUCCUGAAAUAAUUAUAAAUCAAUAUAUUCAAAAGCCUGUGGUGUACUGUUGUUGCCUAUAACAUAGUUCUAAGAAUUUUCAAUGAAUUUGUAUUUAAUUUGUACUCCAGCAUGAUUCAUUUUUAAUAUAAAUUAUGUUUACAUUUUGUUGCAGCCAAAAUCAGCAUAUCUAUGUUGUAGUAUAUUCAGAAAGCAUAUUGUGCUCUAAUGGAGUUAUCAUAGUACAACAUCCAGAGUUUUAUGUUCUCUGUGGGCCUAGAAAAAGAACCUGAAUUCUGUGACUCGUGCCUCAAAUGUCCAUGGAUAAUGUCAUGUCUCUUUUUUUAAAAUAAGAUGUUAUUAUUAAGAUCUAUUUUCAAGAAGGUCCUAUCAUGAGCCAUUAAAGCUCAUUAUGCCAAA